ACUACUAAUUCAAACUAGUAGUAUUUUUUUCCUUGGUUAGGACGGUGCUAACUAUUGUACAAUUAGCACCGUAGCCGUUCCCGUUUAAAACCUGUCCCAACUCGCCGGAUACGGCUUUUCAAUCUUUCCGGCCCUUCCAACGGCGGGUGCGAAAGACAAUAAAUUAAGAAGGAUAUUUUAGUCAUUUUAGUAAACGUUAGGGCGACGAAUUAGGUAUUUUAGGGCGACGAAUAGCAAUGCCCAAAAGUAAAAGAUAAUCUACAUAACAAAUAUGAAAGAAAGAACUAACCGAGUAUCCUAACUUCCUAAGGCCAAGUCCAAUGCAAAACUCCAAAUUUGGGGGCCUUGAACUCCAAAUUUGGGGAUUGAACCCCAUUUUCCCUUCUUUUGCUCCAAUGCAACAAACUUCAUAUUUGGGGUUCAUAAUAUUUCCAGUUUUUCCAUUUACUUAAAAAUGUACUUAUCGUAGCCUUAAUAUAAUUUAUUCAUGUUAAUUUUUGUAUAGUUCGUCAUCAUUUUUUAAUACAAAUUUUUCUAUAGAAUUUUGUUAAAUUCCGAGUCCGAAUUUUUUUGACAAAAAAUUAUGUACCUAAUUUGGGUUUACACACAACACUUGAAAAUUAUUGAUAUAAUUAUAUCCCUAACUAAUCCUCUAAUUAAACUCUCAAUUAACCCCUAAAAUCUUAAAAAGAUAAAAAAAAGCCACGUGGCGAGCUUUGGUGAGCCUCUAUAUUUGGGGGAUCCCCCGUUUCUACCUCCAAAUUUGAAGUUCCAUUUGCAGGAUUCUCCAUUUUUCGGAGGCCCAAACCUCCCUAUUGGACCAUCUCCUCCAUUUUUGCAGAAUCCCCCAUAAAUGGGGUACCCAUUGGACUCAUAUCCAAAACUUGAGGUAGUAUUGGAGAAAAUUGUCCCCACUAAACCCUAACGUCAGGUUUCUCAUCGGCCCGGCAGAAAAUACUUUCCGCAAUCCCAAAUACACAGUGCUGCUUCACCACCGUCUCCUCCACCAUCGACGACCAAGUAAUAUCUGUCGCCGUUUCCUUCACGGUUUCCAGUCUCCGGUUAUAGUUCGCUUCUCAACCUCUCCCCUAUUAGCUUUGGGGGGAAAAUGGGGGAGGAAACACAGGUUCGAGACUUCGGGAACCGAAUGAACAAGCGGAAAUCAGGGCACAAAAAGGGCGGCAACAAAGCGAGGAAGAAGCAAAAACAGUUCCCGGGAAUGGGAGAGCGAACGAAAGUCGAUCCGAGAGUGAAGAAGUUCCUUCACAAGAAGGCUCGCGAUUACAAUUCCGACGAUGAAGAUUCAGAAGAGGGUUCAGUUAAGAAAGUUGAAGACGAUAAUAACCUGGUUCCCGGGUUUUAUAUAAGAGAAGAAGCAGAUGAUGUAGAAACUGAGGAGCUUGGGAAUGAAGAAGGCUCUAAAAAUGAUGACGAUGAAGGAGAGGUAACUCUGCCAGGAAUCACGAAUCUCGGUGAAGGGCUUUUAGGAAUGCUUUCAAGAGUGUAAUCAAGAAGUGUACUUCUGAAGAUCCACUGGUGAAGCUUUGAUCUUUUCUAGCUGUUUUUGUUGCUGGGACCUGUGUAUUGAAAAUUUGACGGGUUUUUGUUGCAGGGACCUGUGUUAUCAGUACACAAGAAGCUAGUAGCAGCAGAGCUUGCGGAGGAAGAAGUAGAAAGGAAGGCUAAAGGAGAUGCCAAGAAGGAAAGAAAUUGGUAAAUUGACGUUCAAGUUCAAUUUUGCAGUUCUCAUUCGGCGAAUUGCUAGACAUUAGGUUAAUGUUGUUUACUGCAUUUUUGGUUAGGUUGCUGAGAAGGGGCAUAUGAAGCCGACUAAUUUCUUGGAUACGCAUGAAAGGGUUCUGAUU